GAAACCGCGGCCAGGGUUCCCCCAAGCCGGGCCGGUCUGCACCCAGCCAGCUCAGGUGACCAGGAGGGCGCCGGGCACACCUGGCGCCGUCCCCUGACCCCGCCCCGGGCCCGGCCGCACCCCGGAACGCUCUCCGGGGGAGCCAGCUUGGCGGAGCAAGGCCAUGGCCGCGGCGCCAGCGGUGGGCGCCCCGCAGGGGCCCCCGCCGGGUGUACCGUCCCCGCCGGCCGCCGCGCCAGGGCCUGCGUCCGGCCUGGGCCGCUGCCGGAUGGCGCUGCUGCUGGCCGUGGCGCUGGACGUGGCGGGCAUGGCGGCGCUGCUGACCGGCGUGUUCGCGCAGCUGCAGGUGCGCGGCCGCGACUUCGGCGACCUGCUCAUCUACUCGGGAGCGCUGCUCGUCUUCCUGAGCCUGCUCGGCUGGAUCCUCUGGUACACCGGCAACAUCGAGAUCUCGCGCCAGGAGCUCGAGCGCGACUACGGCCUGCGGCCCUCGGCGCUCGCCCGCCUCGCGCGCAAGCUCUCCCGCCGUUGGUCCGCCCCGGCCUCCUCCUCCGGCCCGCGCGCCGCGCCCGGCUCCCGGGGAGCGCGCCGUGCCGCCCGCGCGCCCCCGCCGCCCGCCGCCAGCUCCCGCCGCGUGCGCCUGCAGCUCGCCACGCUCGAGGCCGGGCCCGGGGCGGCGGGCGCCGGCACCGAGUGAGCCCGAGACGAACCCAUGGCCCCACCUGUUGGCACUGGACCAGGAUGUGCAGCUGUGCCCAAAAUCAUUUGGCCACCGGGAUGCCUAUCUGUUCUCCCCCAUUGGCCCCCCCCCCCCCAUAAAUGGCUCUGCCUCCUA